UCAUACAGCUCCCUCCGUCGGUCACUCAAAUACUCUCUCUCUAAAAUUCAUCUUCAAUUGAGAAGACCAGGCGGGAAAUGGUAAUAAUACUUCAUUCAUCAUCAUUUGUAGAAUCUUCAUCGCACUUCUCAUUGUAGAAGAUCUAAAUCGUAUAGUAACUAGUAGAGGUUCUUCUCCGAUUAUUUAGCUUCAACUCUCAUUAUUGUACAAUCUUCAUCCUUAAAGCUUAACUUGACUUUCCAAGGAGCAGCGGUACAAUUUCUUAAAUCACUUCUCAUUGUAGAAGAACCUCAACUUCUCAAGUUUCUCCUAGAUCUAAAUCGUAUAGUAAGUUUCUUCUCCGAUUACAUAGCUUGACGUCUCAUUAUUGUAGUAUCUUCAUUCUUAAAGCUUAACUUGAGUUUCCAAGGAGCAGCGAUACGAUUUCUUAAAUCACAGAAUUGUUCCUAGAUCUAAAUCGUAUAGUAGUAGAGGUUCUUCUUCGGUUAUUUAGCUUGAAAGUGAUGUAGUAAUGAUGAAAGCUAAAAGGAUAACCGUUUUUAUUUAAUGCUUGAAAUUAUGGAGGAAUUGGCUAACAAGGAUUUGUUAGGUAAUAUAACGAGACCGUCAUCUUUGAGAUUAAAUGGCGGUUUGAAAUCGAGUUUAUCAGGGAGAUCAACUCCUCGAGGUUCUCCUUCUUCUAGAAGGUUGCAAUCUGGAAGAACGCCUCGAAAAGAGGGAAGAUUCGGUGGGAUUGGUAUCCAGUGGUUUCGUAAUAACCGCGUUGUGUUUUGGUUGUUGUUAAUUACACUUUGGGCGUAUGCUGGAUUUUAUGUUCAGUCUAGAUGGGCUCAUGGUGACAAUAAGGAGGAUGUAUUUGGAUUUGGUAGCAACUCUGAUGAAGAACAACAAUUGUCUGAGUCUGAAACCAUUAAGAGGCGGGACUUGAUUGCGAAUGAAAGCAUUCUGUUAAUCAAACCAGGGAAAGAGAGGAAUGAAUCGAUACAGAAAAGUGAACUUGCAAGUUUAGUGAAAUCUCCUGGCUCAACUUUUGUUCAGAAUUCAAAGAGGAAUUUUAAGAGAGGUGGGCAUGUAUUGCGUGGAAAGAGACGCGGUUCUGUUAUUAAGCCGAAAGCGAAGGUGGAGGUUGAAAGCAAGGAGAUUGAGGAGCAAGUGGAGGAGAUUCCUAAGCAAAACAGUACAUACGGUUCUCUUUUUGGUCCGUUUGGUUCGACUGAAGAUGCGAUUCUAGGAUGGAGUCCAGAGAAACGGACAGGAACAUGUGACCGGAAGGGGGAGUUUGCACGUUUGGUUUGGUCGAGGAAAUUUCUAUUGAUAUUCCAUGAACUUUCCAUGACUGGAGCUCCACUUUCAAUGAUGGAACUGGCAACAGAGUUUUUGAGCUGUGGAGCCUCUGUUUCUGCUGUGGUUCUAAGCAAAAAGGGUGGGCUCAUGAAAGAGCUUGCUCGGAGAAAAAUCAAAGUGCUUGAUGACAAAGCAGAUGCCAGCUUUAAAACUGCCUGGAAAGUAGAUCUUGUAAUUGCAGGAUCCGCAGUGUGUGCUUCAUGGAUAGAACAGUAUCUUGUACACUAUCCAGCCGCUUCAAAUCACAUUGCCUGGUGGAUAAUGGAGAACCGAAAGGAGUAUUUUGAUCGUGCAAAACUCUCCCUAAACCGAGUAAAAAUGCUGAUAUUUCUUUCUGAAUCUCAGACUCAACAGUGGUUAGAUUGGUGUACAGAAGAAAAAGUAAAGAUAAGUACUCAGCAUGCUGUUGUUCCCCUUUCAGUCAAUGAUGAACUAGCUUUCGUAGCCGGAAUUCCUUCUUCUCUGAAUUCCCCUUCAUUCACCACCGAUAUAAUGCUCGAGAAGAGAAAAUUACUGAGGAACUCCGUUAGAGAAGAAAUGGGACUGAAGAAUAAUGAUGUACUUGUUAUAUCUUUAAGUAGCAUCAAUCCUGGUAAAGGCCAACUCUUGCUUCUUGAAUCCAUCAACUUGUUUAAAACAUCUUCUUCUGAAGAUCACCAUUUGACUAAAACAUCGCCAAAGAGACGACACAGGCGAUCUAAAUUAGCCGAGCGUCAUCAUUUGAGGGCUUUGCUACAAAAUAUAAAUUUGAAUGAAGAAAUACAUAAGCUGAAUCUGAAAGUUCUAAUUGGUUCAGUUGGAUCUAAGAGCAAUAAGGUUCCUUAUGUGAAAGAAAUGUUGAGCUAUCUUUCCGAACAUCCAAACAUCUCAAACUCUGUGCUGUGGACACCUUCAACUACACGGGUUGCUUCUCUGUACUCUGCUGCAGAUGUGUAUGUCAUAAACUCUCAGGGGCUUGGAGAAACAUUUGGGAGAGUGACCAUUGAAGCAAUGGCAUUUGGUUUACCUGUUCUUGGUACGGAUGCGGGUGGGACAAAAGAGAUUGUUGAAAUCAACGUGACAGGACUUCUUCAUCCAGUGGGGCAUCAUCAAGGAACUCAAGUUCUGGCGAAGAAUCUUGAGUUCUUGGUUAAGAACUCGUCGGUAAGGCAGGAAAUGGGAAGAAAUGGACGAAACAAAGUAGAGAAAAUGUACCUAAAGAAGCACAUGUACAAGAAAUUUGCAGAAGUUCUACACAAGUGCAUGAGGAUCAAGUGAGAAAUUGAGGUAUUUUUUCUCUACCAUCAAUCAUCAAAUGGUUUAUUGCCAAAUCUACUUAAUUACAGUUUCUUCUUGUAAUAAAUAUGAAAAAAAUUAUUCGGUUUUGAUCUAAGUAUUGUUUAGAAGUUUGAAUAUCGAAAACUAUGAGAUGUUUCUAAAUCUGCUCUCAAGUAUUAAAAUCUACCUACAUUAAU